AUGCCCCUACGACGAGGCUUCGAAUGGUGUCGAUCGAAUCGCUUUCGACUCGAAACUCGGUCGCAUCGCUUCCGCGUUAAUUGUUAUUUACAAUGCGGUCGACGGUCGUGCCGCCCGGAGAGGUCGAACGACGGAUUAAAGAAGCGGUGCGAGUCUAAAGGUCCGGCCGCCGCGCUCGCCGCUCGCCGCGAACGAGACGGCGAGGACCCGAGGCACGCGAGAGCUUCCUCCGCCGGAGUAGAAGCCCGCGCGUGCGCUCUUUUGCGCGUCGGGCUUCCACUUAUGUGCGAAACGAGAACUUGCAGGAAUGAAGAGAUUGAGAGCGAAAAGGGCGAACCCGCCUCGCGAACGUUCCUUCAAAAUAUCAUCUAUGGUAAAUUAAUCUAG